CAGCAACAAGCUUUUAAUAUACAAGUAUGUAAAUAAUUUCCUAAUAUUAAAAAAUAGAUCGAUGUUAUAACAACUUAAACAAGAAAAGACAGCUUAUUUCUAAUUGAGUAGUUUAUUAGUUCCAUAGUCCCGUUAUCUGAAACCCCAAACUGUGUUUCCAAGUUUCACUCGCAGUGUCGCUGAUGUCGUGAGAUGAAAAUGAGAACGGACCAGUGGUUUUGUUUUAGCCGUGGUGAUCGAAAGAUGGCAGAAAGUAAGGGUUCGUUAAUCGCGAAAUCAGUUUCAAAACAUGCUGGACGUGCGAAAGAAAAGAUUCUUCAGAACCUUGGGAAGGUUGACCGGACGUCCGAUGAAAUCUUUGAGGAACAUCUUCAGAACUUCACACGGCAACAGAACGCAGCUAACAGACUGCAGAAGGAGUUCAAUAACUAUAUCAGAUGUAUUAGAGCGGCGCAAGUGGCCAGCAAACAGUUGAUGGACUCGCUGAACGAGAUCUACGAGACGCAAUGGUCGGGUCACGAUCUGCUCUAUGUGCAGGCCCAGAACAUUGAGAUGCUGUGGCAAGACUUCAGUCACAAGCUGGGCGAUCAGGUGCUCAUUCCUCUCAACACUUACCAGUCGCAGUUUCCGGAAAUGAGGAAAAAGAUCGAUAAGCGGGGUCGCAAGCUGGUGGACUACGAUAGUCAACGCCACCAUAGUCAAUCGCUGCAAGGCGGUGGCACCAUGAAGAAGCGAGAUGAGAUCAAGGUGGCGAAGGCACGGGAGCAGCUGGAGGAGGCCAAGCGAACAUACGAACAGCUGAAUAGCGAGUUACAUGACGAGUUGCCAGCUCUGCAUGACUCACGAGUGCUAUUCCUUGUCACCAACUUGCAGACAUUGUUCGCAGCAGAGCAGGUGUUUCACUCGGAGACAGCCAAGGUUUAUGCAGAACUUGAAGCUAUUGUAGACAAGCUGGCAACAGAGAGUCAGAGAGGCUCAUAUACACUGAAGAAGAUUGCAAAUUCACCUAAAGCUAUUAAUGUGAACUCCACAAGUGUUCCUGGUUCUCCAACAUCCAACACUGACUUAAACCAUCUGUAUGCCGGGGUAAACAAAGAGGAAGAGGAGUCCCCCACGUUCCCUCUUCCGCGGCCGGUGUCCCCUCCUUCCUCUCCAACAGCUAAUGGCUCUCCCUCCCCUCCCCCUCCUGUGGUCAACGGCAAUGCUCUCCCUUCCACAACUACCACUACUACCAUCACCACCACCAUCACUGAGGCCGACAACCCUCCCUCCACCACCGUUAGUACUGUUGCUGUGGAAACCAACAAUAACAAGCAGCAGGUGGAGCAGCUCUAUGAUAUACCACCAGGAGCAACCACGGACAAUUUGCCACCAGGAGUUCUCUAUCGAGUGAAAGCCACUUACAAGUAUAAUCGGGAGGACAAUGACGAACUGAGCUUUGAAGUCGGGGAAAUCAUACGAGUCAUUGAGUACGAUGACCCUGAUGAACAGGAGGAGGGCUGGUUGAUGGGUGUGAAAGAGUCGUCAGGAGAGAAAGGGAUGUUCCCUGCCAAUUUCACCAGGCCCUUGUAACGUGCUAUCACGCUCGAGCGGCCUGCAUUAUCUGCAUUUCUACUGAAAGUGCCUACAGCCUCUGGACACGUCUUAUACCAAUUAUUAAUCAGAUAUGUGUUGCGAAAGGUAGGAGGGUAAUGGAGUAGAGUUAGCUUGGUUCAGCGGUUUCAACCUACUUUAAUUCUCUAUUCAUACAUUUUUUAAUUUACUCAAAUUCAGAAAAAAAACUUUUUACAUAUUUUAU